CACGUGACUCCAGUUCCAAAAUGGCCGCGUUGUUGUUUUGAUGAAUAAUACUUUGUGUUUGUUUCAUUCUUUACUGGAUCGAAAAGAAAAAUCCGUAAAACGGAGCAAUAUACAAUUACAGUUCCUUUAUAUUUAAACAUACAUAUAGUAAGAUAAAAAAAGGCAUUCGUCAAUUUGAAAUACUUGUAAGACUAUGCACUUUUGGUCAUAUUAGCUAGCUAGCUAGAUCAAUUGGAAGAGAAGGAUACCGAUAAGAGUGAGAUUAAAAUUACAAGGAAAGCUAUGGAGGAACUUAGUGCCGAUGAGAUCCGCAGAAGGCGAUUGGCCCGGCUGGCGGGCGGACAGACGUCACAGCCCACCACGCCCCUCAGCACCCCCCUAACGUCCCCGCAGAGAGAGACCCCGCCCGGCCCUCCGCCCGGACCCUCGGGAGUCCCUCCGCACCCCCCGGCCCACGCCCCCUCCCACAGCCUGGGGCUGAGUGUCCACAGCGGCACCCCGGCCACCUCCCCCAUCGGGGCCUCAGGGGUGGCGUAUCGGAGCCAGAGCAGCGAGGGGGUCAGCUCCCUGUCCAGCUCUCCCUCAAACAGCCUAGAGACCCAGUCCCAGAGCCUGUCCCGGUCGCAGAGCAUGGACAUCGACACGGCAUCCUGUGAAAAGAGCAGCAUGUCCCAGGUGGAUGUGGACUCAGGAAUAGAGAACAUGGAGGUGGAGGAGAACGAUCGCAGGGAGAAGAGGAACCCGGCCGACAAGGACUCCUCCGGUCAGGACGUGUCCGAGGAGCAGGCCCUGCAGCUCAUCUGCAAGAUCCUCCGCGUCUCCUGGAAGGAGCGGGACCGCGACGUCAUCUUCCUCCCCUCCCUCGCCACCGAGUUCCACCAGCACCCCAAAGAAGUCUAUGCGGAUUUCAAGGACUUGAUUGGCCAGAUUCUGAUGGAGGUUCUCAUGAUGUCCACCCAGUCGCGGGAUGAUAACCCCUUCGCCAGCCUGACCGCCACGUCUCAGCCAAUCGCAGCUGCCAAAUCUCCUGACCGCCAUCUGACAUUAGUCCCGCCCUCCAGCCAGGGGAGCAGCCCUAUGUUUGCCUGCGGCGGCUCCUUCGGUGCCAGCUCUCUGUCAAGUCUGUAUGGCUGUAGCCCACACCCACAGGCUUUCAGCACAGCCAGGAUGACCCCGCCAUCUCUCCCAUCAACCCCUGGCACGCCCUCAUUCUCUCAACCUGUGCCUCCCAGCCCCCCCGCCCCACGCCUCUCCUCUGGCUCCACAUCUGCACCCCUGCCAAUCUCUCCAAGGUACCGCCCGUACUCGGUCACCUACCCAUGGGGGGCCUCCUCCUCCCCGGCCCCUGGCCCCAGGUUUGGAUCAGUGGGCCCCAUGACCCCCAGCCCUGUGGCCCCGGGCAUCCAGGGCCCCAUGGCCCCCAGCCCCCAGGGCCUUGUUGUCCCCAGCCCCCUGGGCCUUGUGUCCCCCAGCAUCCAGGCCCCCAUGACCCCCAGCCCCCAGGGCCUUGUGGCCCCCAGCACCCAGGGCCCGGUGGACCCCAGCCCCCAGGGCCUUGUGUCCCCCAGCAUCCAAGGCCCCGUGACCCCCAGCACCCAGGGCUCUGUGGCCCCCAUCCCCCAGGGCCUUGUGGCCCCCAGCAUCCAGGGCCCCAUGACCCCCAGCACCCAGGGCUCUGUGUCCCCCAUCCCCCAGGGCCUUGUGGCCCCCAGCAUCCAGGGCCCCAUGACCCCCAGCACCCAGGGCCCUGUGGCCCCCAGCAUCCAGGGCCCCAUGACCCCCAGCACUCUGGGCCUCGUGUCCCCCAGCCCCCAGGGCCUUGUGGCCCCCAGCACCCAGGGCCUACCCUCUAGCCCUCAGCCCAUCUCCAUCAGCUCCCCGCGAUUCCACCGCCCCACCGCAAUGCUCCUCCCCCUGACAGCCGGCUCAUCCGCCGCCGGGGCCCAGCGGACUGCCCAAACCUCCAGGAUCCCUCCUAGUUUCUACGACAACCCCCUCUCCCUCCUCUUCUUUGCCCUCUCCGAUGUCUCUGAGGACAGCAGCGACGAAGAGCCUGAUGAGGAGGAGGAGGAUUUUUCUAGGGUGACUUUUGGGUCCAGCCUGGGGGCGUCUGGAGGGGGCGCUGUCUCCGAUUCGGGCAGCGACCGUUUCACCAUCGAAACGUGCAAGGAGACGGAGAUGCUGAACUACCUCAUCGAGCGGUUUGACAGGGUGGGCAUGGAGGAGAGGAAGGCUCCCAAGAUGUGCAGUCAGCCCUGUGUCAGCCAGUUGCUCAGCAACAUUCGCUCACAGUGUAUUUCCCAUGCUGCCCUGGUCCUGCAGGGCACCCUCACGCAGCCCAGGUCCCUGCUGCAGCAGUCUCUGCUGGUGCCCUACAUGCUGUGCAGGAACCUGCCGUACGGCUUCAUCCAGGAGCUGGUGCGCAUGACUCACCAGGAGGAAGAGGUGUUCAAGCAGAUCUUCAUUCCUAUUCUUCAAGGGCUGGCUCAGGCCGUGAAAGAGUGUUCCUUCGACAGUGACAAUUUCAAAUAUCCCUUGAUGGCUUUAGCGGAGCUGUGUGAAAUAAAGUAUGGAAAGACGCACCCAGUGUGCAACUUGGUGACCUCUCUGCCCCUGUGGUGUCCGGAGCCCCUGAGCCCCGGCACAGGCCGGGAGGUGCAGAGGCUGUCCUUCCUGGGAGCCUUCUUCAGCCUGUCCGUCUUCGCUGAGGACGAUACCAAAGUGGGAGAUAAGUACUUCUCCGGCCCGGCGAUCACCCUGGAGAACACGCGUGUGGUGAGCCAGUCCCUGCAGCACUACCUGGAGUCCGCCCGGGGCGACCUUUUUAAAAUCCUCCACAAUAUCCUGCUGAACGGAGAGACUAGAGAGGCGGCUCUCAACUACAUGGCGGCGCUCGUCAACCGAAACGUGAAGAAGGCCCAGAUGCAGACGGAUGACAAGUUGGUGUCUACGGACGGCUUCAUGCUCAACUUCCUGUGGGUGCUGCAGCAGCUGAGCAUGAAGAUCAAGCUGGAGACGGUGGACCCUUUCUACAUCUUCCACCCCAAGUGCCGUCUGAGCGUGAGCAGCGAGGAGACGCGGCUGAAGGCCACCAUGGAGGAGCUGAAGGGCUGGCUGCUCGAGCUGCACGAGGACCCGUCGAAGUUCUCGGAGCCCAAGUUCCCCACGGAGUGCUUCUUCCUCACGCUGCACGCCCACCACCUGUCCAUCCUGCCCGGGUGCCGGCGCUACAUCCGCAGACUGCGCGCCAUCCGCGAGCUCAACAGGACGGUGGAGGAGCUGAAGAACAGCGAGAGCCAGUGGAAAGACUCCCCCCUCGCCCCCCGACACAGAGAAAUGCUCAAAAGGUGCAAGACCCAGCUGAAGAAACUGGUGCGCUGCAAGGCCUGCGCAGACGCGGGGCUGCUGGACGAGAACCUGCUGCGCAGAUGCCUGCAGUUCUACAGCAUGGUGAUCCAGCUGAUCCUGCGCAUCGUGGACCCCGCAUACCCACACAUGACUUUACCCCUGAACCCAGAGAUCCCCAAAAGCUUUGCAGCGCUCCCUGAGUUUUACAUUGAAGACGUUGCUGAGUUCCUGCUUUUUAUUGUACAGUAUUCCCCGCAGGUCCUGUACGAGCCCUGCACUCAGGACAUCGUCACCUUCCUCGUGGUCUUCAUCUGUAGCCAGAACUACAUCCGUAACCCCUACCUGAUCGCCAAGCUGGUGGAGGUGCUGUUCGUCACCAACCCCGCCGUGCAGCCCCGCACCCAACGCUUCUCCGAAAUGAUGGAGAACCACCCGCUGGCCGUCAAACAGCUGGUCCCCGCCCUCAUGAAGUUCUACACGGAUGUGGAGCACACCGGCGCCACGAGCGAGUUCUACGACAAGUUCACCAUCCGCUACCACAUCAGCACCAUCUUCAAGAGCCUGUGGCAGAACAUCGGCCAUCACGGCACUUUCCUGGAGGAGUUCAACUCUGGGAAGCAGUUUGUGCGCUACAUAAACAUGCUUAUCAACGACACCACUUUCCUGCUGGACGAGAGCCUGGAGUCGCUGAAACGCAUCCACGAGGUUCAGGAGGAGAUGAAGAACAAGGAGCAGUGGGAUCAGCUGCCCAGGGAGCAGCAGCAGAGCCGACAGUCGCAGCUGACGCAGGACGAGCGGGUGUCGCGCUCCUACCUGGCUCUGGCCACCGAGACGGUGGACAUGUUCCACAUCCUCACCAAGCAGGUGCAGAAGCCCUUCCUGCGGCCGGAGCUGGGUCCUCGUCUGGCUGCCAUGCUCAACUUCAACCUCCAGCAGCUGUGCGGACCCAAGUGCCGGGACCUGAAGGUGGAGAACCCCGAGAAGUACGGCUUCGAGCCAAAGAAGCUGCUGGAUCAGCUGACCGACAUAUACCUGCAGCUGGACUGUGCCCGAUUCGCUAAGGCCAUUGCUGAUGACCAGCGCUCGUAUAGCCGCGAGCUCUUCGAAGAAGUCAUUUCCAAGAUGAGGAAAGCUGGCAUCAAGUCCACUAUUGCUAUUGAGAAGUUCAAGCUGCUUUCUGAGAAGGUUGAGGAGAUAGUCGCCAGAAACUCCCAGUCGGAAAUCGACUACAGCGAUGCUCCAGACGAGUUCAAAGGCGAGUGUUGGGUUUAACACAGCUGAGGCUUA